ACAAAAUCAGACACAACGGGCAACCAAGAAAAGCCAAGCAUUCGUCAAAUUUCCAAAUCACUCUCCGGCCAUCACCCAUUAACGUAUUGCUCUCAACGAGCUUUCCAACUAAUUAUUAUAUCGGUGUCCCCUGCGUUUCGAUCGUAAAAGUUUGUUCAAUUUGAUCACCAUUUCGAUGGCUUUCUUUGUGUUACUUGUGCAGCUGCCGUACCCAGAACCAUGAGGGCUUUUUCUCUCUGAUUAUAUCGGUUUUAUAUCAGAUCCUUGUCCUAUUUAUUUAUAGAUUUUGUGUUGAAAGUGUGCUGCAUGGGGAUUCAGACAAUGGGUUCUCAAGGCAAUGGGCAACAGUCUCAUUUGCAGCCUUCCCCAUUGACAAGGCAAAGUUCAUGGUAUAGUCUUACACUUGAUGAGGUUAAAAAUCAACUAGGAGACCUGGGGAAGCCAUUGGGAAGCAUGAACCUUGAUGAGCUUCUUCAGAAUGUAUGGACUGCUGAAGCAAACAAGUGUGUAGGGGUAGAAAAUGAGAACUUGUCAUCAUCAUCUUCUCUUCAGCGUCAGGCCAGUCUGACCCUGGCCCGGGCUUUGAGUGGGAAGACAGUUGAUGAUGUAUGGAGAGAAAUCCGACAAGGUCAAAAGAAACGAUUUUCAGAGGAUAUAAGAGGUCCAGAUAGUGAGAUGACUCUAGGUGAAACAACCUUGGAGGAUUUCUUGGUACAAGCAGGGCUUUUUGCUGAAGCUUCUAUUAGUCCAUCUGUGGGGUUGGAUGCUAUGGAAGCCACAACCCCACAAAGCAUUCAACAUAAGACAGGCUUGUCAUCCUCCCCUUCGUUUGGAAGUUUAUCUGACACAAGACCAGGCCGCAAAAGGGACACUCCAGAUGCAUAUGAGAAAACGCUGGAGAGGAGGCUAAGGAGAAAAAUCAAGAACAGGGAAUCUGCUGCCCGUUCACGAGCCAGAAAGCAGGCUUACCAUAAUGAAUUGGUUGGCAAGGUCUCUCGUCUAGAAGAAGAAAAUACAAAGCUCAAGAAAGAGAAGGAGUUUGAGGAGAGGUUGACAUCUGAAUCAUCACCUGAACUGACUUAUCAGCUUCGAAGAACGAGUUCUGCCUCUUUCUGACAUGACCUGCACUGAAGUGUUACUAUUGUUCCCUAUGUUCUAGGUUUUUAAGAGGGGCAUGUCCAGGAUUGCAUCACCCAAUUUCUCAUCACUGUUGCAGAUGGUGUGCUUUCUCGAAUAGUUUGUUAAAUCUAUCUCUAUAAUUAACUAACUAAGGGGUACAUAUUGCAGCAAAGUUUAAAUGUUCAUAGACUUCAGCUUUGCUUUGCUGGAAAGCAUGUCAAGAAAGACUGGGAGCUUGCUGAAGGGUUGCCUUUUUUGUGUAAUGAUUAUCCUUGUGUGCGGUGAUAUUGUAAGGUAAUCAAGUUCUUCAAAGGCGACUUAUAGAAUUGAAAAAGGUAGGUCUUAUUAGUAUUUUUUGGUUUUCAGGAUGAUAUUGUAUUAAAUUUUAGCUUGUAUUUGAUGGUAAUGUUUAGGCUAAAUUCCAUCCUGGAGAAAUGUGUGCGCUCAUUGGAGUUAUUUUCCAGAAAAUUGCAGUAGCGAAGUAAAAGUUAAUUCUUCAUUAUAGUUUUCUGGGGAA